GGUCGUGGAUUGUACUCUGUUGAUAAGAGAUUACGUGUAUUUAUUUUAAACUAUGCGUUUUUAAUAUUUAAGAAACAUUUGUGGCUGUCACGAAUACAAGAUAAACCUAAUUUUCUUUAACUGUAAUAGAAAAUUAUUCGUCAUGUCGACUUGGGUGAAUGAGAACAGUGUUACUUUUUUCCAACUUUUCUGUAUAAAAGUAGUGAAGUGCGGUCGUGUACCUCAGCAUAUCGCUUUUAUAAUGGAUGGCAACCGCAGAUAUGCAAAAAAACAUAGAGUACAAAGCAGUAAGGGUCAUUCCGAAGGAUUUAAUAAAUUGUCAGAAACGUUAAAGUGGUGUCUGGAUCUAGGUAUACCUGAAGUUACUGUUUAUGCAUUCAGUAUAGAGAACUUUAAGAGAACAGAUGAAGAAGUUAAUGGCUUGAUGGAUUUGGCUCGAGACAAAUUUCAAAGGCUACUGGAGGAAAUUGACCAGAUAAAUGAGUGGGGCGUGAGACUUCAUGUGGCUGGACGCUUGACAUUGUUGCCUGAUGACCUGCGGGCACUUGUAGCGAAAGCUAUGCUCCUGACCAGGCACAACAAUAAGCUGAGGCUUAAUAUUGCUUAUUCAUACACUGCCCGUGAUGAAAUCACUCGUGCCGCGUCACAAGUCAUCGAGGGUGUGAGGAACAAGGAGCUUACUGCUGACGAUAUAGACGAGGAUCUCUUGUCAGAGACAUUAGAGCUGAGUCCACCAGACCUUCUGGUGAGAACCUCGGGUGAAGUGAGGCUGUCAGACUUCAUGCUAUGGCAGAUCUCUGACACCGUACUCUACUUCACCGACGUGCUCUGGCCCGAAUUCACCAUCUGGAGCCUACUGGCUGCCAUCAUCCACUUCCAGAGACACGCCACAGAGCCGAAACCGGAUAUAGACCUGAGCGACCGGAAGCGAACGUUCACGGACAGGUUGGAGGACAAGCGGUGGCAGCUGUUGGAGAAAUAUGUUACAUAAUUUAUUUAGAAUAGGAAUAGCGAAUUGAUAAAACUUAUCUGUCAUUCAUAGAGACUCAGGCCCACCAAAAGCGGGGCCUUAUCACACUUGCGAUUUGCGAGCGAGUUGAAAGCAAUGCGAGCGCGCAGCUAGUUCGCAGCCAGGACGUAACUAUUUCGUCGCAAGUGCGCAACGAUUUCGCCGCGUGCAUCCAUUAUGAUUAUAGUCAAAGAUGCUGAUGCAGAUCACUCGCAGCGAUUUUCAUGCAAGUACGCAACGUAUACGUUGAGCGCUCGCGGCGAAAUCGUGACGCACUCGCGGCGAAUUGGUUACGUGCUCGCGAUGAACACGCUGCGCGUUCGCUUCGCUUUCAACUCGCUCGCAAAUCGCAAGUGUGAUAAGGCCCUAAGCGAUGGCCGAUGAGCUAUCGGUGAUAGAAACGAACGAAAGAUAGUCGCUCCCGUGUAAACAAAAGAGACGCCGAUAGUGCGAGCGAGUUAUAGUUUGUCGCCGAGCGAUGAACUAUAAAUCACCUGUGGCUUAUUACCAGAGAUCGGAUUUUUUUUUUUAAGAUAAUCAGAUAAUAUUUAUCGAAUGAAUCGGAUUUUUGUGCGACAUCUCAUACUAAAAGUC